AUGGGUAUGAUGGGUACCGGUACCUCAAUAUCACCUAAUAGGUUAAUUAAUCCCCGAAGUCCUUUCACCCGAAUUGCCAUAUUCACAUCCAUUUGCCUCGCAUUCAUCUUUCUCGCCGGAAGACCUACACAAGAAAGAUUUCAUCAAAUUCAAACGAAACUUUCUCCAAGUCCACAAGAAAUUCUUACCACCCAAAAUGGCUCUCCAGAUUGUGCCGUCAAUUCAACCCAUCUACGCGAAUUGAAAGAGAAAUACGGUCUGGAUGAUAAAAUUGAAUAUGCUUCCAGACAAGUUAGAUAUCAUCGACAAGAUAUUGAACGAAAAUCCAUUACUAAACUCAACGAAGACUUAUUCCCUCGAUACUUUGAUACAAUCAACAUUGAAAAAAAUUUGAAACCUACCACGAAAUGCUUGAAGCCACUCGAUGUACCCGUCACAAAAUCUGCCAUUCCUGCAGAUGUAAAUGCCACUGAAUUCCUCUUUGGUAUUUCAACCACCUACAAGAGAAUCACAGAUCCAAAAAUCAAUCCCAUGCUAGACUGGUCACAUUGGUUGACAGAUGGUCAUGGAAAUUCAAAUGGAGGAGGAUUGAUCCUACGAUUGGUUGAUGCUUCGGAUAAGGAAAUCAAUGACAUUAAGAAGAUGCUGAAAGCAUAUGGAAUUGAUGCGAAAGUCUACACCGCCGAUAGUAAAAUCGAAAUGGCCGAACGAUACUUUUCCCUCCUACCAGCUUUGUACAACGAUAGCUCUAGAAAACAUCGAAAAUGGUUGGUCAUGUGCGAUGACGAUACAUUUUUCCCAAACAUGGAUGCUCUCAUCAAGAAAAUGGCAACAUAUGAUGCCAGUGAAGAUUUAUAUAUUGGAAACCUUUCCGAAGAUGUCGGUAGUCUUGCACGUCAUGGAAGUCAAGCUUAUGGUGGAGCUGGAGUUUUCUUCUCUAUUCCAUUGGCCGCUACAAUCACCGAUCUUUUCCCUCAGUGCAGUACCAAACAAAAAGUUGAAGAAGCAAAUUCAGGUUGGGGAUCUCAAGGAGAUAUUCUUCUCCGAAAAUGUGUAUACGAAAACACCGAAGUCCGUCUAACUGUCCUUCAUGAUAUUUGGCAAUUGGAUAUUGUUGGUGACCCAUCUGGUUUCUAUGAAUCUGGUAUCCGACCACUUUCUCUUCAUCAUUUCAAGGGAGGAAUGUGGCAUGAAGCUCAAGUUUAUGAAUCCACUAAGAUUCAACAAGUUUGCGGUGAAGAUUGUUUCCUUCAAAGAUACCAAACUAAAGAUGAUUUCAUCUUGACAAAUGGUUGGUCCAUUGCGCAUUAUCCAAAGGGUAUUGAUUUUAAUCUCCACCAAAUGGAGAGAACAUUCAAUGCAUUGGGUGAUGAUGGUACAGGGUGGAAUCUUGAUUUUAUGUUUGGACCUCAACGAAUUCCUCUUCGUGAAACCGGACGUAAAGGUUCAUGGGAUCUAGCGGAAGCUGAAUUAAAAGCCGAUGGAACAGUUAGACAAACAUAUAUUCGAAAGAAGGAUGAUUGGAGGUGGAAAGAUCGUAAGGAUGGAAAGAGAAUGUAUGAUGUUGAUGGUGUGUUGGAAUUGAUAUGGACUUUGUGA